AUGUCAACACAUUCGUGUCCUGUGAGUCCUGUGGCGGGAAGAGGAGCACGACUGAAAACGUAUUCGACAAGGAGGAACGAAGAGGAAGAUAAAGCUGAAGGAGCCGAACAGCUAAAGAGAUCAAAGGCAGGAUUUGCUGGUGCGUUAAAGAAAUUGCGAGGAGAAAUUGAGUCUUUAUUAGCCGAAGGAAAGGAUUUGCGGUCUGAAGAUUUGGCUUUAAAACUUGCAUCUUAUGACCAAAUAUGGAGGAAAUUCGUAGAUGCACACGAUUGCUUUAUGGAGUUGAUGGAGUUGGAACCGGAAAAGCGAAAGGCUCUUAUGGUUUACGAUGAGGAAUUAGCGAGGAAAUUGGAAAUGGAUGGCACGGUGAAACGACUUCGCAAUUUGUCGCUUGAUUUGUUUGAGGUUAUUGGCGGGAGUCAAAGGUCUGCGAGGUCUCGUGGAAUUGAUCCUGGGAGGAGGAGCGCCGAACACGUGAGUACUGUUUCGAAAAAAUCGAAAUCUAGUUAUGUUAGUGCUGGUUCUGAGGCUCGAAGAGAAAAAAUGGCCUUAGCAAGACUAAACUUAGAACAUUUGAAAAGAAAACAAGAACUUGACCGUAAAAUGGCUGAAAUUAAUUAUGCAAAGGAAUUAAUGGAGGCCGAAAUGGAGGCAGAGAGAGCCUUUGUGAGUUUUAGUAUCAUGGACCGAAAAACUGGGUCUGCAAGGGUUAAGGGAAAGAGUUUACCUAGCCAAGGGGAGAAUCUGCAUGGUGAUUUACACGAUUCCGGGCUGAAGGGUGAUGUUGAGAAUGUUGUAGAGCAAGCGGGUUCCAAAUUGAAGAUUAAAGAGUCGCCGAAGCAUGACACCAAACCAGUGCCAACUGACACUGAAUCUGUGAAGUUACCAUUUUCAAAGGGGGAUGAGCCAGGAACACCUCUCCAAGGAGAUAGUGUGUCAGAUUUAUCAGAAACUGACAGGAAAUUUGAACCGCCACCCCCCACCGAGAACUUUCAAGUUGUAGCGGGUCAUCCACAGGGAAAUUCAGGAAAUUUGCCAAUGCAAGCUGAUUUGAAUACCGGUCAGCAGAUAGUUAAAACUCUGAGUCAAGUUAUGAACACUCCCAAGAUAGAAUACAUGCAUUUUGGUGGAAAUCCAAUUGACUAUGUGUCAUUCAUGCGCAACUUUGAAACCUGCUUGGAAGAUGAUACCGAUGGUUCUAGAAGUCUUCAGUUGCUAAUUCAACACUGUACUGGUAAAGCUAGAGAAGCGAUUGAAAGUUGUGUAAACCUACCAGUGUCAGAAGGUUAUGAAUCUGCAAAGAAAACCCUGAAAGAAAAUUUCGGUCUUCCUCAUGUUAUCGCGAAAGCUCAUUUAAAGAAGUUAGAACAAUUGCCACCAUUGAAAGCUAGCACUGGGUCAGCAUUGUUAGAGUUUUCAAGAAGCCUUGAGAUAGCAGAGAGAACCCUGAAGGGAAUGGGUCCUGAAUAUGUCAGUGACUUGAACCACACCAACACCCUGAUGGAGCUGAAUAGGAAGCUACCCUAUUUUAUGAGAGCAAAGUGGGCAGAAUGUGCGGGGAGAAUCAUUGAAGCUGGGGAAAGGCCAAAAUUUGAGGAUUUUCUGAAGUUUGUAAAGGCCCGAGCAAAGCUUGUGAACAAUGAAUUUGGAGAAGAUCUUGCUGCGAGCUCUUCAAGAGAGAAGAAAAGAAAUGGAGAGAAGGUAGAGAAACCACUAUCAAAGCUAACCUCAAUGACAACUAAAGUUGAACUUGAUCAGAAAGCAAACCAAAAUGGUAAAACAUCGGGUGCCAACCGAAAGUGUCCUGCUUGUCUUGGACAGCACGGAUUAUGGAGGUGUGAGAAAUUCAAGAAGCUGCCGUAUCCAGAAAGACAAAGAUUGGCGUUAAGCAAGAGGCUGUGCUUCAAAUGCCUCAACGGAGGACAUUUUAAAGAUCGUUGUCCCAAGGAAGCCUUCAAGUGUCAGGUGCGAGGUUGUGUUGAGGAUCACAAUACUCUGCUACACCCCACUCCCAGAGAUCAGACAGAGAGAGUAAGUUCUACCAGUGUUACCCCUCAUGGUUCCUCUCUUGAUGCUGAAGAUCAUCUUCAACAAGUUAAUGCAGCCACAAGUAAUUCAGGUGAAGUCCAAAGAGCGACUCAAGAACGGCAAGGUGCAAGUUCUGUGACAGUAGCAACUGGGGCCGGCGACAGACGUGUUUGCCUAGGAGUCCUUCCUGUUAAGGUUACAGCCAAGGGAGGGACGAGGACUGUGGAGACGUAUGCGCUACUAGACAGCGGUAGCGAGGUGACUUUGUGCAAGGAACAGCUUUUCAAUGACCUCGGGUCAUGGGGCUCAAGAUGUAACUAUGAGCUACAAGGAGUACAGGGUCCAAGAACGUUGAAGGCCACGUGGGAUGUUGAUUUGCCAGAGUUAAGUGCAUCAGAUGUCGGUCUUAUCAUAGGCCUAAAGGAGAAGCCCUCAUUGUUUGUCCCAUUGGAAUGUAAGUCAGGUGGACAUGGUGAGCCAGUAGCGGUGCGAUACUCGUUGGGUUGGACAGUUAUGGGUCCCUUGGGCGGCACUGGAGAUAGUGGACCUUGUUCAGUUAAUUUUGUUCGCCUGGGUAACAAGGAGUUUUAUGUUGAUGAGCCAGAGGUUGUAGAGUUUGAAGGACAGAAAGGUGGUGUUGAGAAGAAAGAGGAGAGUGAAGUUGGAGAAUUAGGAGCAAAUGAGACAGAUGUAAACCUGCAGUGUGGAGAUGCAGAAGUGAAGCGUCAAAUACAAGAUGAGAUUUUACAUGAGCAACUUGAGAAACUUUGGAAAACUGACUUUGCAGAUUCUGUUGUGAGCUUAAGCGCAAGUCUUUCAAUUGAGGAUAAGAAAGCACUAGAGAAGAUGGAACAGUCGUUGAAAAUGGUUGAUGGGCAUUACCAAGUAGCGCUGCCGUGGCGUAAUGAUCCACCUUAUUUGCCAAAUAACAGGUCAAUGGUCGAGCGUCGAGCUGAGCUUCUGAAGAAACGUCUCCUCAAAGACCAAGACUUGUUUUCCAAGUACAAUGCAACCAUGAAUGAAUACGUUGAAGAGGGCCAUGCAGAGAGAGUACCAACCAAUGAGCUACACCCAGAAGACCGACCAGUGUGGUAUUUGCCCCACCACCCAGUUAUGCAUCCAUUAAAACCGGAGAAAGUCCGAGUAGUUUUUGAUUGUGCGGCUCAGUUUGCCAAGACGUCUUUGAAUCAGCAAUUGUUGCAGGGCCCCGACUUAACUAAUCGUAUUGUAGGAGUGUUGAGCCGUUUUCGCCAAGAGACUGUCGGCCUUGUAGCCGAUAUACAAUCAAUGUUUCAUCAAGUAAGAGUGGAACCCAGAGACUCUGAUGCAUUGAGAUUUUUGUGGUGGGAGGGAGGAGAGCUAUCAGCAGAGUUAGUGGAGUACCGAAUGGUGAAACACAUAUUUGGAGCGACGUCGUCGCCAAGUGUCGUGAACUUUUGUUUGAAGAAAACUGCAGAGAUGGACGGAGGGCAGAAUUCAGAAGUUGCAAGUGUCAUCAACAGGAACAUGUAUGUCGAUGACCUCAUGAAGUCAACUGAAACAGUGACAGACGCAAUUGUGCUGGCAAACAAAGUUCGUGAGCAGCUCAGCAAAGGUGGUUUUCAUCUAACAAAAUGGUGCAGUAAUGACAGGAGAGUCAUAGCUGCUAUUCCAGAAUCAGAGAGAGCUAAGACAGUUGUGAACUUGGAGCUUGAACAGCUUCCAACCCAAAGUGCCUUAGGAAUGAAGUGGGACAUUGAAGAUGACAAAUUUGUGUGGGAGGUCUCAGACAAACUUAUGAGUGCGUCUUCCAAGAAACCAGUGACAAGACGUGGCAUAGUGUCUGUUGUGUAUUCUUUAUUUGAUCCACUUGGGUUCAUUGCACCAUACAUCAUGAAGGCGAAACUGCUACUUCAGAUGUUAACCAGAAAGAAGAUUGGAUGGGAUGAACCACUUGAAGAGAACGAGACUGUGCAGUGGUCAAGAUGGCUAGACGACCUUAGCAAGCUUGAAGAGGUGAAGAUUGAUCGCUGUUUCAGACCCAAAGGAUUUGUAAAGGUUCAAGAAACCCAGUUACACCUGUUCUCAGAUGCCUCGAGACAAGGUUAUUCAUCGGUCGCAUACCUUCGUUUUGAAGAUGUUGAGGGGCGAGUCCAUUGUUCGUUCGUCAUGGGCAAGGCCCGGUUAGCUCCAAUCAGAGAAAUUUCCAUUCCAAGACUUGAGUUGACUGCAGCAGUCAUCUCUGUGAAACUCAGCCAUGCUAUCCGUGAUGAAUUGGAUCUGACCUGUAUAAAUAAUGAAACCAAGAGAUUUCACACCUUCGAGUCCAACCGCCUGACGAUUAUACACGAUGGUUCUGCUCCCCAAGAAUGGCGAUAUGUCAACAGAGACGAGAACCCGGCAGAUGAUGGAUCAAAGGGUCUAAAGCUAGACGUUCUGAUCAAGAACAACCGAUGGCUGACAGGUCCUAAGUUUUUGUGGAAAGGGGGAGAAUACUGGCCAAAGAUGAUUGAGGUCCCAUGCCUCAAGGAUGAAGAUCCAGAAGUCAGAAAGGAGAAUCAAGUUUAUGUGACAGCGGUCAGUUGUGAUGUCGUGGAGAAGCUUAUUCUGUACUAUUCAUCCUGGUGGAAGCUCAAGGUAGCAAUUGCCUGGUUGCUGAGCUAUAAACAGUAUCUUAUGAACAAGUUUCUACAACUCAGAGAAGGUUGCCCAACCACACAUGAUUCAGCGGAAGGAAGGAAUUACCUCAAACUUGACGAGCUUCGCGAGGCAGAGCAUGAAAUCAUGCGCUAUGUUCAACGCAAAGAGUUCCCUGAUGUAACAGCUCUCCAGCCAGGAGCGGAUGAAAGGUCAGUAAAGAGGCUAAUGAAAAAGAUGGGAGCUUCAAUAAGCAAGUUAAAUCCUCAAGUUCAAGAUGGAUUGCUGAGAGUAGGAGGCCGUAUUGGACGUGCGCCUUUGUCUUACGAGUUGAAACACCCAGUUAUUUUGCCCUACAAGCAUCACAUCACAGAUUUAAUACUCAGAGAUCAUCACCUCAAAGUGGGACACAUGGGCCAAGAGUCAGUUCUGUCGUCGUUGAGACAGAAGUAUUGGAUUUUGAAGGGCAGAUCUGCAGUGCGCCGGGUGCUAAGCAAGUGCCUUGACUGUCAGAAGAGAAGUGCAAAACCGGCAGAGCAGUUCAUGGCAGAACUCCCAGCAGAUCGCGUGACUCCAAGUGAACCACCCUUUUCAUAUGUUGGAAUCGAUUGUUUUGGCCCAAUCGAAGUGAAACAGGGAAGAUCACACGUCAAGAGGUACGGCUGCCUCUUUACAUGUUUAACUGUACGUGCAGUACACGUCGAGAUUUUGCACUCGCUGAGUGCCGAUUCUAUGAUAAACGCCUUGAGAAGGUUUAUUAGCAUGCGAGGUUGCCCCAAGGAGAUUCGAAGUGACAACGGAACAAAUUUCACAAAGGCUGACAAAGAGUUGAGAGAGGCUGUACAACUCUGGAACAACCAAAGAAUCAGUAAUUUCUGUGCUCAGAAAGAAAUCAAGUGGACAUUCAAUCCACCAGACGCGAGCCAUAUGGGGGGACCAUGGGAGAGGAUGAUUCAAACUACUAAGCGAGUGUUGAAGGCUUUGUUGAAGGAACAGUUGGUGACAGAUGAAGUCCUUUCUACUGUCAUGGCAGAAGCUGUAAACAUUGUCAACAGCCGUCCCUUAACACGCAACAGCGACAGUUCCUUAGAUGAUCAGCCAAUUACCCCCAACCAUUUGUUGCAUUUGCGCCCAACGCCCAGUUUACCGCCAGGUGUGUUUGACAAAGGAGAUCUUCACUGCAAGCGUGCAUGGAGACAAGCUCAGUAUUUGGCUGGUGUGUUCCGGCGGAGAUGGUCCAGCGAGUACUUGGCCGAUCGCACGUGUGGAGGAAGUUGUUGUUGUCAGCAGAGACGGGUAUGUGCGUACCGUUCGAGUGAAGACUGCCUGUACAGUGGCGACUCGUGCUAA